AUGAAUAACGAACUUAGUUUAGUUGUAAAUCAAAUUGAACAAGCCUUAUCAUUAUUACAUGGAACAACAUCGACUAAUCAACAAAGAGAAGAAUCCCAAAAAUUUUUAGAGGAGGUAAAAAACAGACCAAAUGCCCACAGUUAUGCAAUUGUAAUUAUUUCUUCUAGCAAUAAUAAUAUUGUUAAGCAUUAUGCUCUACAUAUUAUAGAGACAUUGGUAAAGACUAGAUGGUACGAAGCAACCGAUCAAGAAAGAGAAAUUAUAAAAAAAGAAAUCUUAGAAAUGAUGUCAAGAAUAUCUGCACAAGAACAAAAGUUUAUUAAAGAGAAAUUAGUUACCAUUAUUGUUGAAGUUAUAAAAAGAGAUUGGCCCCAACGUUGGAUGAAUUUACUAAGUUCACUCAUUGAAAUUUCAGCAAUAUCAGAUACCCAAACAGAGCUUGUACUUUUAACAUUCGGUCAAUUACCACAUGAUAUAAUUGAAGGUUCAGCAACAACCAAUGUCUUAUCAGAUCAACGUAGAAAAGAUUUAAUGGCUGGUAUCAAUCAAGCAGUUUCAUCACUUUUUGAAUUCUUUUUUAAACUAUUGGAAUCUAGAUAUACUUUAUACAAACAAAACGAGCAACAAAAAAUCAAAAAUCCACAAAAUGUUCAUUUAAUCAACGUCCUCUUAAACACUUUAGGAUCAUAUAUCGAAUGGAUUCCUUCAAAAGUUAUCUUUGAUCACAAGUUGGAUCAUAUUUUUUGCCAACUCUUACUAGAUACUCCUUUUAGAAUGGGAUCUUGCGAAAAUCUUAUACUUUUCUUAAAUCGUAAAGGACGUCCAGAUGAAAGAAUCGAAUUAUUAAACACACCAUUCAACUUGAUGGAAAUUUUUUUCAAUGCAAUUAAAAACUCUUCAAAUUUCGAUGAUGACUAUUCUUUUCACAAAAGAAUUACACAAGCGUUAACAUUAUUAGGUACAGUUCAUUUAAAUGCAUAUGAUAGUAAACAUAAAAUUCCAACCAAUUAUAGCGGUUAUUUACAAUUAAUGAUGCAAAUGUUUGGUCAUCCAAGUAUUUUAUUAUCAUCCUUAGCAUUCCCAUUUUGGUUAGCAUUACUCAAAGUUGAUUUAGAAGUCUCAUAUAAAGAAGAGUUGGUAAAACAAAUUUUAGAAAUUAUUUUAUCAAAAUUUGUUAGAAUUGGCGAUCCAGAGAAAUCCGACAACGAAAAAUCAAAAUUCUCUCAAAUCGAUUUUGCAACAAGUAAAGAGUGGUCAAGCUUUUAUGGUGGUGUUAGAAAUAGAUACCAUGAAAUCGUAAAAAUCAUUACAACUCAAUAUCAUGAUACUGCCUAUCUUUUCAUCAUCAAUAAAAUCAUUGAAAUUUUAGAAUCAUUAAAAUCAAAUAUCAAUUUAGCCUUAUCUCACGAACAAGCACUCAUUUUAGAAUCACACUCUCACUUUUUAGAAAAUGUUUUAUCCACAAUUAAGGAUUUACCAUGCGGCCCAACUUUCUUUAACAAAUCACUUCAAACAAAUCAAGUAGUCACCCAACAAACUGAAAAAGCAUUACAAUUACUUUUUGAAAUUAAUUCAUUAGAACCAAAUGUCACAGCUUUUCAAAUCGAUACAUUACAAGUAUUUACAUUAUACUAUCAGACCAAUCCAGAUACAAUUAAAUUUAUAUUAAAUAAAAUUAUAGUAUUAAUCCCAUUCCCAGGUUUAGAUAGUCCUAGUAAAUCAAUUCAAAAUUCAGUACUCCACACUAGAAGAAAGGCAAUUUCAUCAUUAAUUUCAAUUUCUAUUGCCCUCGGUGAUUUAAUGAAUCCAUACAGCCAAACAAUCUAUCAAUCAAUUAUGGAACUUUUCCAAAAAGAUGCAGUAAAUAAUACCGAAAAAGUAAUGCUCUUUCAUUUAUUAAUUGUUUUUAGUAAUAGUCUUCCAACCUAUCAACAAGUCUUAGCUUUUAAUAAAGAAAUUCUUGGUCCAAUUAUUGAAUUAUGGUUAUCACCAGAUAUGGUCGCUACAAUCCAAACACCAGAUUCUUUUAUCCAAAACCUUGGCCUUAAUUUACCAGAUGAUGGCAAUACUGAUCAAAUUUUCAUUAAUAGAAGAAAAACAUUAUACUUUGUCAUUGCAGCCAUUCAAAUGUUUUGGAAGAAAUGCACAAUUCCAACCAAUUCAAGUGAUGAAAACUUUGCUCCAUUCAUUUCUAAUGGUAUUAGUUAUUAUGGUAAAUGGCCAGUCUCAUCAUUCAUCAAAGAGGUUCUUCCAGGUUUAGUAACUUUAAUUCGUACCAUUCACCGUCUUUGGGAUCCAGUAUAUAAGGCCAAGAUCCACCCAUCACUAUCGGCUAUUUAUUCUUUGGAUGAUGCCAUUACUAAUCCAUUAUUAGGUUUGGAUUAUAGCAAGGAUCUUAAAUCAGAAUCACAAAAUGUAACAUAUGUCCGUAAUCUCCUCGACACCAUAAGAGAUGGCUCCUAUGAAAUUAUUGGUUUUGGCUUCACUCACUCUGAUGAACUUUAUGGCAUCAAAGAAAUUGCAAAUAUUUUAUAUGACUCUGUAUUCUCCUAUUUAGAAUUUGUCGAAAAUAGACACCUCAAAUUAAUUAUCAAACAUGUUUUAGCAUAUUUAAUCAAGACUUGUCCAUCCAAGCUUCAAUCACAAAUCUUUGACCCAAUUUUACCAUUAGUAUUCUCUAUCUUCUUUAACAGAAUUAAAGAGGGUUGGGAAAUUAUAGCAACUAGAUCACAAAAGAUCGAAAAGGAUGAAAAAACAGAAAUUAUUGACGAUAAAAUCCUAAGAGAUUUUUGUUUGGAUUUCUUAUCAUUUGCUCAAAUAGCUUUUGCUCAGCCAUAUAUUUUAACAAAUCCUGAUAUCACAACUCCACUUGCAUAUAGCUUCACAUCGUGUAUCUCAGCAGCCGAUUUUUCAAUCAUAAAGAAGGCGAUCGCUUUAUGUUGCCAAUUAGUCGAACUCGAAAAAUCUGAUCCUAGAUUCUUUAAGCUUAUUGCUUCAGAAAUUUUUGGUUCAUGUAUUAAAGUUUUAAUUUUAAAUAAAACUCAAGAAAUUACUCCAGAUAUUAUAGCUCUCUUAAGAUUAAUCUAUAUCAAAUACUAUCAAAUUUCAAAUUUCCCACAAGAGGUUUUACUCCAAUUACCAAAUAUUACCCCCCAAAUACUCCAAAGCUUCAAUCAAGAGUUAGUUGAAAAUAAAACCGAAAAAGCUCAAAAGGCAUUGUUCAGAAAAUUAUUAAAUGAUAUUAUUGGUAUUAAUUCAACCAAACUUAAAAAAGAAACAAUCCACGAUUUACCCGAAAAACUAUAUAUUCAAAAAGUUAGUUCAUCUUCUUGGAUUGAAAAUAAUAAUCAAAAGGAUCUUUCUGAUUUAUUUAAUUAA